GUCAUCCAACUAUGCGCAAACGCUCGAUGAAACGAUGCUCAGAACAACAAUGGUCGCUCUGUUUCACCCCACCACCAAGCUGUACUCUUUACCCUUCAAGGCUUUCGUCUCACACACGAUUCACAAACCCCUGCGGUUAAUAAUUCGACAAAGCUACCCUCGAGCUGUUAGAACGAUCUUAUCCAUCAACACACCUCGUUCUCUAUCAUCUACAGCAGUUCCCCGAAUUUCGAACGACACAAUUUCUGAUUUGGACAACAGUUACUUGUCUUGCUCAAUGCCCAAUAGCAAACGCCCUCUCAAAAUUGCUGUUCUUCUCAGUGGUGGCGUUGAUAGCAGUGUCGCACUUCGCCUCCUACACGCAGCCGGACACUCCUGCACCGCUUUCUACCUUAAAAUCUGGUUCCAAGAAGAUUUCGAGAACUUUUGGUCUGAAUGCCCAUGGGAAGAAGAUUUGAAGUACGCAAAAGCUGUUUGCAAUCAGGUUGAUGUACCACUGGAAAUUGUACAUCUGACAGAUGAAUAUUGGGACAAAGUGGUAAGUCACACCCCUCUUAAUGCAUUUUCUCACAUUCAUCAUCAUCAGUGGAACUUAUUGCUUAUAAUGCUGCAUGUAUCUUACCUUAUUGAUGAGUAUAAAUGUGGUCGUACGCCUAACCCUGAUGUUCUUUGCAAUACAAGAAUCAAAUUCGGUGCGUUCAUGGAUGCCAUCAGUAACAUGGAUUUUGACUUUGUUGCUUCUGGACAUUAUGCAAAAGUUAUUCACCCCAUUACAGAUGAAACCAAUGAGCUUUCAUUUCUUCAGCUCUCAAAGGAUAUGCUGAAGGAUCAGACCUACUUUCUUUCAUAUCUCUCACAAGCUCAGCUUAAAAGACUAGUGCUUCCUCUUGGAUGUAUUCCAAAAGAUGAAUUCCGAAGGCUUGCCCGAAAAUUUGAUUUGCCUAACCAAGAUAGAAAGGAUUCACAGGGAAUAUGCUUUCUUGGGAAGGAAGAUUUCGAGAACUUUUGGUCUGAAUGCCCAUGGGAAGAAGAUUUGAAGUACGCAAAAGCUGUUUGCAAUCAGGUUGAUGUACCACUGGAAAUUGUACAUCUGACAGAUGAAUAUUGGGACAAAGUGGUAAGUCACACCCCUCUUAAUGCAUUUUCUCACAUUCAUCAUCAUCAGUGGAACUUAUUGCUUAUAAUGCUGCAUGUAUCUUACCUUAUUGAUGAGUAUAAAUGUGGUCGUACGCCUAACCCUGAUGUUCUUUGCAAUACAAGAAUCAAAUUCGGUGCGUUCAUGGAUGCCAUCAGUAACAUGGAUUUUGACUUUGUUGCUUCUGGACAUUAUGCAAAAGUUAUUCACCCCAUUACAGAUGAAACCAAUGAGCUUUCAUUUCUUCAGCUCUCAAAGGAUAUGCUGAAGGAUCAGACCUACUUUCUUUCAUAUCUCUCACAAGCUCAGCUUAAAAGACUAGUGCUUCCUCUUGGAUGUAUUCCAAAAGAUGAAUUCCGAAGGCUUGCCCGAAAAUUUGAUUUGCCUAACCAAGAUAGAAAGGAUUCACAGGGAAUAUGCUUUCUUGGGAAGAUUAAGUUCAGUGAAUUUGUUGGAAGACAUAUUGGUGAAAAAGAAGGUAUACUAUUGGAAGCUGAAACAGGGGAUUUUGUAGGAAGCCAUAGGGGCUUUUGGUUUUACACAAUUGGUCAACGCCAAGGUUUGGGUCUUGCAGGAGGACCAUGGUAUGUUGUUGAGAAAGAUGUAAAAAACAACGUGGUUUUUGUAUCAAGAAAUUAUUAUUCCGUUGAUAAAAGAAGGCGAUCAUUUCGUGUUGGAUCCUUUAGAUGGAUCAGUGGAUCUCUUCCUCACAACCUGAACCACUUAAGAUGCAAGGUUCGACAUGGCCCGGUUUUCUAUGAUUGCAGUUUGCAUAUAGAAAAAGAUGGUGUUGAAAACAUUGGCACUGUUCAAUUACCCGAAGAUGAUCAGGGUCUGGCAGCUGGCCAAUUUGCAGCUUUUUAUGAAGAAGAGGUUUGUGUGGGGUCAGGGGUAAUUUUGGAAUCAUGGGAUGAUAAGGGAUUUCCUGUUUGUGACAAGGCUCGUGAUAUUGCAAAAAUGGAAGAUAAGUCUAAGCUUGGUAAACCUGUUAAGAUCAAACCAAAACCUGAAGAUUGUUUGAGGGAUUCGGUUGUAAGAUUAGUUUAG